AGCCAAGAAAUCUGCUUGUGCUGCCUUGAAAGAUUGGAUACAGCCAGUGGUCAACCAUCUGUACUGGUGUGUUGCCGUUAGUGAAGGUGACGGGGAUCUACUGGUAGCCAUGUGGAAGAGCAUGCUGAACCACGUCAUAAACAUGCACGCUGGCCAUGACAGCCCUUAUCCGAGGUGUCUGCACGGGGAUGUGCAAAAUGGAAAGUGGUUGACACCAGGCACCCCGGCUUACGCACGUCUCGUGAGCAUAGCUACAGAACAGGGGCUACUGAAGGAUAUAAGGAAGCUUUCCUCUUCUGGACAAACUUAUGGACUUGAAUCGUAUCACAGUCUCCUAAUAAGAUUUGCCCCGAAGUCUGUCGCAUUCAGCACCAUGAUGAUGCGUGCAAGGACACAGUUGGCUGCUCUUCACCACAACGAAAAUGCAGGUCGAGAGCAGGCAGUAGUGGCAAGAAAUUGUGCACUCAGAUGGAAGAGGAAAAUGCUCCGUGCAAAGAAGGGAGCGGAAGUUGUUUGCCCAGUAAAAAGCAAGCCAACUUACGCUUAUGUGGACAAGCUAAUGACGGAGAUGCUGCACGAGAGCUCUUCAUGCAGUUCUCUCAAGAAGGCACAGCAGCAGCGAAGCAGCACCAGCAGCAGCCCCAAGCCUCUGGCCAUGAUCCAGCUCAACCAGCCAAGGCUAUCGAAGAGUGAACUCGUAGCUGCACGGCAAUCGCGAUUUGUGGCGUGCUCAGUGCAGGACAUGCCAUGAGUAUUGCAUGUACAAGCGAUUUCAUUUAGAGCAUUGGCCGAAAGUGUUAUGCAUGGCUGAUGGACUUCCAAAGUUUCUUCAUUUGUUUGGCUGGUUGCUUGUUUACUUCCUUGCGUAAUUGCUUUAUUUAUGCACUUCUUUGCUUAUGUAUUCAUAAAUGCAUACCUCUGGCCAUGAUCCAGCUCAUCCAGCGAAGGCUAUCGAAGAGUGAUCUCAUAGCUGCACGGCAAUCACGAUUUGUGGCGUGCUCAGUUCAGGACAUGCCAUAAGUAUUGUAUGUACAAAUGAUUUCAUUUAGAUCAUCGUCCGAAAGUGUUAUGCAUGGCUGAUGGGCUUCCAAAGUUUCUUCAUUUGUUUGGCUGGCUGCUUGUUUACUUCUUUGCGUAAUUGCUUUAUUUAUGCACUUCUUUGCUUAUGUAUUCAUCAGUGCAUACCUCUGGCCAUGAUCCAGCUCAUCCAGCCAAGGCUAUCGAAGAGUGAACUCGUAGCUGCACGGCAAUCGCGAUUUGUGGCGUGCUCAGUGCAGGACAUGCCAUGAGUAUUGCAUGUACAAGCGAUUUCAUUUAGAGCAUUGGCCGAAAGUGUUAUGCAUGGCUGAUGGGCUUCCAAAGUUUCAUUUGUUUGGCUGGUUGCUUGUUUACUUCUUUGCGUAAUUGCUUUAUUUAUGCACUUCUUUGUUAACGUAUUCAUAAAUGCAUACCUCUGGCCAUGAUCCAGCUCAUCCAGCCAAGGCUAUCGAAGAGUGAUCUCAUAGCUGCACGGCAAUCACGAUUUGUGGCGUGCUCAGUUCAGGACAUGCCAUAAGUAUUGCAUGUACAAGCGAUUUCAUUUAGAGCAUUGGCCGAAAGUGUUAUGCAUGGCUGAUGGACUUCCAAAGUUUCUUCAUUUGUUUAGCUGGUUGCUUGUUUACUUCCUUGCGUAAUUGCUUUAUUUAUGCACUUCUUUGCUUAUGUAUUCAUAAAUGCAUACCUCUGGCCAUGAUCCAGCUCAUCCAGCCAAGGCUAUCGAAGAGUGAUCUCAUAGCUGCACGGCAAUCACGAUUUGUGGCGUGCUCAGUUCAGGACAUGCCAUAAGUAUUGUAUGUACAAAUGAUUUCAUUUAGAUCAUCGUCCGAAAGUGUUAUGCAUGGCUGAUGGGCUUCCAAAGUUUCAUUUGUUUGGCUGGUUGCUUGUUUACUUCUUUGCGUAAUUGCUUUAUUUAUGCACUUCUUUGCUUAUGUAUUCAUCAGUGCAUACCUCUGGCCAUGAUCCAGCUCAUCCAGCCAAGGCUAUCGAAGAGUGAACUCGUAGCUGCACGGCAAUCGCGAUUUGUGGCGUGCUCAGUGCAGGACAUGCCAUGAGUAUUGCAUGUACAAGCGAUUUCAUUUAGAGCAUUGGCCGAAAGUGUUAUGCAUGGCUGAUGGGCUUCCAAAGUUUCAUUUGUUUGGCUGGUUGCUUGUUUACUUCUUUGCGUAAUUGCUUUAUUUAUGCACUUCUUUGUUAACGUAUUCAUAAAUGCAUACCUCUGGCCAUGAUCCAGCUCAUCCAGCCAAGGCUAUCGAAGAGUGAUCUCAUAGCUGCACGGCAAUCACGAUUUGUGGCGUGCUCAGUUCAGGACAUGCCAUAAGUAUUGUAUGUACAAAUGAUUUCAUUUAGAUCAUCGUCCGAAAGUGUUAUGCAUGGCUGAUGGGCUUCCAAAGUUUCAUUUGUUUGGCUGGUUGCUUGUUUACUUCUUUGCGUAAUUGCUUUAUUUAUGCACUUCUUUGCUUAUGUAUUCAUCAGUGCAUACCUCUGGCCAUGAUCCAGCUCAUCCAGCCAAGGCUAUCGAAGAGUGAACUCGUAGCUGCACAGCAAUCGCGAUUUGUGGCGUGCUCAGUGCAGGACAUGCCCUAAGUAUUGUAUGUACAAAUGAUUUCAUUUAGAUCAUCGUCCGAAAGUGUUAUGCAUGGCUAAUGGGCUUCCAAAGUUUCUUUAUUUGUUUGGCUGGUUGCUUGUUUACUUGUUUGUGUAAUCGUCUUAUUUAUGCACUUCUUUGUUAAUGUAUUCAUCAGUGCAUACUGCAACCUUUUCAGCAGCGCUGCAUGUUUCAGCCCUACUGUUAUUUUGAGGUUGAGGCAGGCUCUGACAAGAACUUUGCAGAGGCUUCACAGAAGCGGUGGGCAGAAGCAAAGAAUUCAGUCAAGCAUUGUAGAUACAAUGAAAUGUAGCAAAUUUUUGCGAUGUGCGCCUGAGGAUGCAAUACUUGCUGGCUUUGAUUUCUAGGCAAUGUGUGUUUAGACUCGUAAGUGCUUGUUGCCUGUUGUAUAUUUUCAUCUCCACAUAGUUAUCGCGAGAGAACAUGCUUUGUGACUUUUAACAUAAACUGAGAAGAAAUAGUUAAAUAAGAAACAUCUUGGGAAACAACAUUUCAACACAGGGACUGUAUGUCCAAACGUUGGCUCCAUCGGUAAUCAUAGCUUGACAAUUUCUCAUCUCUUCAAGCCUUAAAUUUCUGUCUGUUCCACCCUGAACUACUUUGAAUAUCACGUGCGCUGUGUUUCUGAUCCAUUUUCGGUACCUUGUCACUUGAUGUAUACGCAUGCUUCUUUUACGUCACAUAUGAACCAUUCUUUAAGUGUGACCAAUAUGGCUGCGAUGUCGGCGUAGGCGUCAUUCGACAUUUGAAAUUUAUUUGCUGAUGCUUCAGAGUUAUUGGGCUAAGCAGCUAAAGAAGAUGCUUCUUUCUGGUGGACUGAUUAUAUUUUUUGUUCACCCCAGUCUUGUCUCGGCAGCAAGAGGAGCUUUGUUUUGAAAGUUUUACAUUACUAAAAGCAGUGCUGCUCACCUAAUUUUCAUAAAAUUGCUGCUUUCUUAGAUAAUAACUUGUCUAAUCACAGCCUUUGCCAUUUUCUAGCAAAUGGCUAGAAGAAGGUUCUAGGAAGCAGUGUAAAGGUAGUAGAGUAAUUGCAUGCAUACCUUGCUUGCCUACAUAGAAUGUGUUUGUGGGAAUAUAAAACAUCCUCUAUAAUUGGGUCAGUGUGGAUAGUAUUCUGGCCAGUUCAUUAGGGGAAAAUAUAGCACCCUGUAGAUUUCGUAGACAAGCAGAAGACUGAGUAACACUUAGACAGAAAGAUAUCUCUGCUGACAUGCUUAAUCAUUUUUAUGAGAUUAAAUUUUGUCUUAUGCGCUACCAAAGCGUACUUUUCAUUGUACCUCUGGUUCAAUGUUUUUGUUCUACCGUACUGCCAUUGAAAGUCAUCAUUUUAACAGAUUGUUCCUGCCAUUGGCUGCAUAUCACUAAUUUAUCACCAAGAUGAACACUGAAGCACAGAUGAACCAAAUGUUGAGAAACGUAUUAAAAUAUACCUAGAGUAGCUACGACUUUUUCACACAAAUCUUUUCUUCUGAGAAGAAAUGUGAUUUAUAUGGCCUUCACAGUGAUGCGCGAGACAGUUAUUGUCGUGAUUUCUGUGCACAUCGGUUGAACGCAUCGAUGCAACGAUGUUAAUCAAGUGUUUCUGUCAUACAGCUUCUGUCACUUGUCGACACUAGCCCCUUUCCGCUGUGGCGGAACGCUUGUAUAGCACUCACAGACAACAAUACUAAUUAUGGGUGCCGUUAGGGUUGAGGGUUGCAGCUUAUCGUAGACCAAGUCGUCUGCGAACAUCUUCAGGAACACUCGAUGCCACCAUGACUGAUGUGUGUAUCGGUAGUUGACUCUUCACUUGACCUUCGCAAAAUGUGCACUAGUGUGACAUUGCCUCCUCACUUGUGACGCAAGUGAUGCUUCUGAGGAAAUAUUGCUAAAUUUUGCAAUAUUUCCUUGAAUUUUAUCACCGAUGCUUAUGUAGAUGUUAUCCUGACAGAAACAAAACAAUCAUUCUAUUCCUGUUCUUUUCCUAUUCCUAUUCCUAUUCAAGUGGUCACGUUUUGAUGGAGGCAAAAUGCUAGAGAUCUGUGUACUGUGCGAUGCCAGAUUCUCAAAAAUUUCCCGAGCCCUCCACUACGACAUGCCUCAUAUUCGUGGUAGUUUUGACAGGUUAACAUUGGACAUAAAUUUUUGUUGCUUUCACUAUAGUUGUCUGAUGAUGUAUCAUUCAAAGAUAGACCAAACAUGUUUUCUUUGACCAUCACUGUACAUUGCACUUGAGUGUGUUGCUCUAUUAUAUGUUGUACGUAAUUUUACUGCUACUCCUGUAUGUGCACAUACCCUCCACCUUACAGUGCCUGCAGUGCGUUUACUGUAAUCAAGUUCUGCAUUGCCUUUGUGACAAUAAAGAUGAAAUGGCACUUUGGCUGCAUGAUUUCCCAUGAAGUAUUGCAGAAUGUACUUCAUGUUUGUGUUAAAAUCCAGUAAGCUAUGAAGCCACACAACCACUGUGAUUAGAUUUUUAUUGCAAUUCCGGGUACUUAAAUCCUGCAUAAUCUUCUGAUGGAACAUUUUUCUGAUGAGCCUAAUAGCACAAGCAGGAACCACUUUCCGGUUUCUUGGCCCGAGCCGGCCCCAGAUCCAACGAGUAAACUGCCGACAGGCAAUGUAUCGAUACCUCCUGUAAAAUAAACAUUUUUAUAUACA